AUGGUAGAUAUUAACAAACGGGUGUUUUGGCAUUUUACAUUUAAAGAUAUAUUAACUAUUCUAUGUUCAGCUGCUAUACCCAUAGCUCUUGCUAUUUAUACUGCAAUUGGGUCUCAACAACAGAAACAAGAAGCUGAAAAAACACGGCAGUUUGAUUUGGAACAAGCUGAAAAAAUGCGACAGUUUGAUUUGAAACAAUCAGCACAAUUAAGACAAGAAACACUUUAUGAUGAAUUUUUAAAUAAUAUUUAUAAAUUAGAUAAAGAUGGUUAUCUCAACGACACAAGAAAUCCAUGGGCAUUUGCAAAUGCAUAUUAUCGUGCUGCUCAUCGUCAAUGGGAUACAACGCGUAAAGCAGAUGUUAUACAAUUUCUUAAAGAAAAGCAAUUAAUUGGCAGAAAUAAUUGUUCUAAUGGAUGUAGAGCAACAAAAUUAGAUGAUAUAAUCCGUUUGGAUGAGCUAAAUUUUGAUAAUGUACAUUUAGCAAGUCAAACAGGUGUAUUAAAUCAAUUGAAUUUACAAUGCGUUUCUUUUGAUCAAGUAUCAAUGUCAAAUGCGGAGUUUUCAUUUGCUAGUUUAAAUGGUGUAUCAUUUGAUGGAGGACGAUUGGAUAACGCGAAAUUUGAUGGUUCAUCUUUACUUUGUGCUAGUUUUAAUGGUGUAAAUUUGUCGGGCGCAGAUUUUGGAAAAACAGAUCUGACAGGUGCAUACUUUUCAAACAGUGAUUUGUCAGGAGUUAAAAUAACAGAAGAUCAAAUAAACCAGGCAACUUUUCAUAAUGUGAUUAUGCCAAACGGAGUGAAGAGUGAAAUUACAUCCUCAACGACAACAAAAAAACCUAUAACAAAAACAACAACAAUAAUUAAAACAAAAAUGUGGACAACAAUAUCAUCAUCAUCGUCAUCAUCAACCUCGACAAUAUCAUCGAUAACAACACCAUCAACAACAACAACAACUUCAAAAACAUCAUCAAGAACAACUUCGUCAACAGCAACGACAACAACAGCAAUACCGAGUGAGUACUAUGUUAAAUUAUUUGCAGGGACUCAAAAGAUGAGUUUUACUAGAAGUAACGAUAUUUACCAGUUUUAA